CAUCGACCGGCGACUAAAAGGUAUGUUUCUCCUCGCAGGUGUCAUCCACGUGCAUCUCGGAGAGAAAAGGUGAAGAGUGAAUGCGACUGCCUCGUGGCAUGUCGCACAGUAAGAUCUUGCUACUCCUCCCACCGGCCCUACGUGUUGCUCUCGCCUCAAGGUUAUGGACUGCGACCCUUCAAUCCAGAGGUCCCAGGUUUUGGUCACUGCGAGAAGGACCUGCUCCGACUCCAUCUCACAAACAUGUCUCAACGGACUCCAGACAUCCCGCCGCCAUACGCGUCGCAGACACGAAUGAAGCGUGGACUGAAUCGCCAAAGUCGCAUCGAAGUGACCUUCCUCCACGAUUCAGUAAUGAUGCGGAAGCUACAUCAGAUGGAUUGGGAGAAGUCUUGCUUGGAGACGGCCGUUUAGCACGACCAAACGGAGAGCGUCGGACCCGAACUCUCUCGCAAAACCCAACAAGCAGGCCUACUCCCUUGGAUACGCUUGAAAGUCACAUCAACCCCUCUUUGGAAGCUUCGAAUGUCAGCUCCGCCUUGGAAAGCAUUGCCUUUGGCCAAUCAACCGUGGAUCAAGAAGAUGCGUUGCGGGCGGCGGACGACUCAGCGCCUCCAGAAGGCAAGAACAGCAAAGGCUACUCUGGCGUAUCACAUUUUGAUGAAAGCGCUGGCCAGCUGGCGGACCGGUUGUUCGAUCUUGAUUUUGUGCAGCGAACUCACCCCCUGCCCACCCCAGAGGAGUAUCCUGGCGCUCCUCCAGAGCUCUUCAGUCCAGUGCUUCUGGCAACCGCAAUAGACAAUGCCUGCGCCAAACGGGGUCUCACCAUUCAAACGGACGUGGAUUUCAGCGUCAAGGCGGAGCCAAAAUCGGCCUUAACUGCGCGCUCGCAAGGUCUAUGGCAAUGUACAAUGCGGGUCGACAUUACGGGUUUCGGUGAAGAAGUCGCCAUGGGCGAAGGCCGUAGGAAGCAAUACGCCAAACAAGCUGCUUGGGUCCACUUGACCUCAAAGCUGCACGCUCGAGGGGUCUUGAAAAGCCUGUUUCCGUCUCAUCCCACCACUAAACCCGCUCAAAGGCUAGAGGCCGAUGAAAUCCCUCGCCUAUCUGAGGAAACUCCGGAAAGCGAGACCGAGGAAAUUACUGAAAGCGAGCCUGAGGAAAAUGUGGAAAGCGAGCCAACAACAUCACUGUCGGCCGAUAGUGAUGCGAAGAUGGACAUAUAUCGCUAUGCUGCGAGGUGUGGCCUCGUACCUCGAUUCGAAAGCAAGGUGAGCGGGGCUGGGGACGGCGCCGGGCUGGCGCAUGAUGAUCACCUAUAUGAAGCUAGCAUUCAACUCGAAGAGCAGGCUAUCAACGUGACUGCAACUGGCAAGGACCUAGCGACGGCGGAGAUGGCAGCGGUCAAGGCUUUCAAAGAAGCCGCCGAAAGACGUUACAAGGCGGCGAACGAAGACUUGCCAUCAUCACCAUCCGUGCAGACCGCUCCCUUCCAUGUCCUGGACGAGCAUACCGCCAGACGCUUCCUUGCAUUCUACAAACGUCGAGGAAACGGUCUCAACUUAGUGAUCGAGCACGGCGAGGUCCAGCAGGAGGGUACGCAUGUCCAGAACAAGGCGGUAUUGACAAUUGACGGAACGACGAUCCAUCCACCUGUAAUCAUGCCGACUAAAAAGCAGGCCGUCUUCGUGGCAUACCUGAUCGCAGCCGUCGAAAUUGGCAAGUCGCAUCCGGAUGUGCUCUGUGAGUUCGUGGAAAGCUUGCAGUCGAGAGAGGUCAAGAUGCUGCGUGAAUCUCCUCUGAUCGACAUCGAGAUAAGCCGUGAAACGAUGCGGUCUAUGAAGGGCGCCGUCGUGGAAGCAAGGCAAGGCGGCUUGUCAGAUGCACGUCAGACGCUGACGGGGCAGCCGUCAAGAUGGAAUACAGUACCCGCACGUCGGCGAUCCCCCUUUCCCUCAAGCCAUGCCGCAGCUGCAGACGCUCGACUUUUAUCAAGACACACUUCGUCCGUUAGGAAUCCUCUUCUCCGGCGACUGCGAUCUGACAGAGCUUCCUUGCCGAUGAACAACUCCAGGGAAGACAUUCUUAGACUGAUCAAUGAAAAUCAGUACAGUAUCGUGGCUGGUGCGACUGGAAGUGGCAAGACGACCCAAGUGCCGCAGAUCCUCUUCGACGAAGCCAUACUGGCCAACAGAGGCAGCUCCUGCAAUAUCAUUUGUACCCAGCCCAGGCGCAUAGCUGCGACAUCGGUUGCCCAGCGCGUUGCCACCGAGCGUCAGGAAGUGUUAGGUGAGACGAUUGGGUAUCAAGUUCGUUUCGAUGCCCAGCUGCCUUCCGAACCUUACGGCAUCACUUAUUGCACCAAUGGAAUAUUGCUGCAAAGGUUGAAACGAGAUGCGGACGAGACGCUGGAUGGUGUUUCACACAUCAUCCUUGAUGAAGUGCAUGAGCGAAGCCUCGAGGUCGAUCUUCUGAUGACGGUCUUGAAGCGACACAUAACAACUCGACGGGCGGAGGGCCGAAGAACGCCCAAGAUCGUGCUCAUGUCGGCAACACUUGACUCUGAGCUGAUUGCGAAUUACUUUCGUAACCCCGACGAGGCUGGUGUGGAGCACCCCUGUCCAGCGCUCAGUGUUCCGGGGAGAACUUUUUCAAUCAAAGAACAAUUUCUGGGCUCAAUCAUGAGCGAUCUCUUGCAAAAGCGAGGGGCAGAGUUUAGGGGGCUCAUCAACAAAGACGCAGCCACUGGGAAAUAUCUCGCCGCUGAGAGUGACUUCAGUGCAAAGAUGUCGCGAGUAGAUCGGACAGAUUCCGAGUCCGUCAUUGACUGGAAACGAGAGCGGCAUGCGAUACUGGGACCGGAGGACGGUGAGGCCGCUCGACGUGAAAGAGAGGACGCAUUGGUGCCUAUAGCACUCGUGGCGGCCACGAUUGCAGACAUCUGCUGUUCAAGCCGAGAUGGAGCCAUCUUAGCCUUCCUGCCCGGUCUCGCCGAGAUCUUGGACGUACAGAAGCUGCUCGUCGAGCGCAAAUUGUUCGGCAUCGACUUUUCGGACAGCUCGCGGUUCCAGCUUUGUCUGCUCCACUCAUCCCUUCCAAAGGAACAGCAAGCACUCGUGUUCCAACCAUCCCGCCCAGGCAGUCGGAAAGUCAUUCUGGCUACUAACAUUGCGGAAACAUCGGUGACAGUCCCAGAUGUGAAGUAUGUUGUGGACACUGGAAAGCACCGUGAGCACAGCCAUGACCACGAGCAACGGACGACGAAAUUGCAGUGCGCGUGGGAAAGCCAGGCAAACGCUAAGCAGCGUGCUGGGCGAGCGGGCCGUGUCCGGGACGGUGUGUAUUACGCGCUCUAUUCAAAAGAAAGAGCCGACUCGCUGCGUGAGGUGGGCAUGCCAGAGAUCUUGCGUACCGAUCUUCAGGCCACCUGCCUCUCCAUUCGCUCGCAGACAUCCGGCGAGUCGAUCGUCUCCUUGCUCAGUGAAACCAUCGAGCCCCCUGCCCGAGAUUCUGUCGAGGCUGCUGUCGAAAAGCUCAUUUCGAUCCAGGCUCUGACAAGCGAUGAGCAGCUCACUGUGCUGGGCCGCGUACUGGCCGAGCUCCCAGUCCAUCCUGUCCUUGGCAAGAUGAUCAUCAUGAGCAUCAUCUUCAAAUGCAUCGAUCCCAUAAUCAUCCUAGCAGCAGCCGCUAUGGAACAAUACCGUCUUUUCGCCGUGUCUUCUGAGAAGCGCGAAGAAGCCACACGAGCCUAUCAAAGCUAUGCUGACAGCAGCGCGAGUGAUCACAUCGCAUUCCUACAAGCUUUCAACGAGAUCCGCGCCCUGCGAAAAACAUCGGAACCCUCCGCCCGCCGUCGUGCGCAGGAUCUGUCGGUGAAUUAUGCCACUUUCACUCUAGUAGAUCAGAUCGCUAGGCAGAUGGAGCAAGUCCUCCGCGAAUCGGGCCUCGUCACAAUCGAUGGUGAUGCACAGAACUCCGAGUAUGGUCCAGCAGAGUUGAAUCGCAAUGCCGCGAAUCACGACCUCAUCAAGUCUUUGCUCGUGGCCACAUACCAACCGAAUGUUGCCGCCAAGACCAAAACGGGCGGCCUAUCGUAUCGUACACCCACAACGGACUCUGCCCUGGUGAAUCCCGGGUCUGUGAAUGGCGAGCUUCGCAGGGAGAGUGAGAAGAGGCAUGCUGUCGGCUCCCUCUUCACGUACAGUAACCUUUCGAGGGGCGUGAACGGCCGAACACUCUACAUAAAGAACUCCACCAAAGUCACGCCGCUGAUGGUUGCACUGUUUGGAGGCCAGCUGCAGAUCACUGGCGUGAAAAGCUUGAUCAUGGAUAACUGGCUGCCUUUCUCGAUAAGAGCUCCUGAGCCGGAGCUGUCGACAAAACUCGUCGUGGAAUUCAGAAAAGCACUGGAUCGUGUCCUCCAUCAUGCUUUUCAUUCCUUGUCCGCGCAUAAGGUGAAUGAAGGCGUUUGGCUGCAAAAUGACUCGAUUACAGACAAGUUCGUGGAGCGUGUGGUGGAGAUCCUUCGCCAAACAUCUGAAGAUUCCUUUCAGGCAAAGCUGUAAGGUGAGCGGCUCCUAUGUACGGGGCACAGUACGCUCAAAAGUUCGCAACGUGGAUGCUGUGGGAGUUCUUGACAUAUUGCAGGUA